AACCAGUCCACGAGUAUGUUUAAGUUCGAGCUCAUGCCCCUAAAGCCGUGCCAAUGCCGAGGAAUGGAUACUAGUGUCUCUGGCAAAGUUGGAAACAUGGUCGCAAGUGAUGAGGAGCAUUUGGACGCGAGCGACGGCAGUAACGCAGGGAUGGACGCGCUUCACCAGUGCGAGCUCAUCCAAAACCUGAUCGAGAUCUCCAUCUCUAGUCUGAAGGGGCUUCGGACCAAGUGCGCAGCAUCUAACGACCUGACCCAACAUGAGAUCCGCGCUUUGGAGGUGAAGCUGGUGAAGUACAUCAGUAAACAGUUAGAGUGGAAGCAGAGUGUUCCAGAGAGAGAGAGACCGCUGGCGCUGGACUCUUACCCACAGCUCAUAGACUGGCUGUACACCAUCAACCUCCGGCCAGAGCUCAUAGAGGCAGUCCCUGUGAAGCUGUCUCUGGAUGCUCUGCUGCAAAUGUCCAGUGCGCAGGUGGAAGACGCCAUGAAAAGACUGGGCUCUAGCAGUGAGGAGUGUUCCCGUAUCACAGCUGCCCUCUCCUGUCUCAAGAGCGCUACUGACACAGGUGCAGCUCUUAAGAAAGAGGGCAUCCCGUGGAUAGCAGAACCCACUCAGCGUGACAGUUCCUCUGUUGACCCGCUGUCUUGUUCUAUGCGUGCACAUCAGCCUUACAGUCCCAGCCCAACCAGCUGGCCCCCUCCUUCUGCUUUACCUGCCCUUCGUUCCUGUGUCUCUGUCUCUGCUCUACCCUCAAUGGACUUCCCUACAAUCGUCCACCCUCACUGUGAUGCGCUGACGGACCCUUUUUCAUCCUCCCCGCAGCUGAACCGCUGCCCCCCCCGGCUGCUGUCCACCCCUCCAGCCACACCACCAACGAGAAGAUAUGGCAAAGUAAAGCCCACACGAACUCCACCACCUCCAUCCCGUAAACUGCUAAACCUCCUGCCCAACAUCACCCUCACACGCAGCAAGAGCCAGAGCCAACUGGCCAACCGGAUCGAUGACCCUACACCCAACAAGAGAGGGAAGAAGAACAAGCCGCUUCUGAACGUGCAGGUAAAUGGUGGAGGAAACGGCUGGGAAGACUCGCCCUCACGGUCACCACUGCUGUCUGCCCGUUCCCCCUGCAUCCUACCAAACACCCCCAGUCACCUGGGAGAUCCCGCAGGUGUUAGAAAUAAUGUUGCAUCCCACGGAAGCUCUCCGCUAAUCAUGAGGAAGGAUAUUGGUCUGGAUGUCACACACAGAUUUUCCACCAAGUCGUGGUUGUCUCAGACGUGUCAGGUGUGCAAGAAGAACAUGAUGUUUGGUGUUAAAUGCAAACAUUGCAAGGUGAAGUGCCACAAUAAAUGUACCAAAGAGGCCCCUAAGUGCAGGAUUUCAUUUGCACAAUUUCCAAAUAAUAUCAGAAGAACAGAGUCAGUACCGUCAGGUAUCAAUAACCAGGUGGAGCGACCGACAGAGUCUCAGCAGUACGGAACAUUACCGAAGGCAAUAAACAAAAAGGACCACCCUCCAUCACUGAGUCAGCUGGACUCCAGUAGUAACCCCUCCUCCACCACCUCCUCCACCCCCUCCUCACCUGCCCCCUUUGGUCAGAGCAACCCCCCAAGUGCCACCCCACCACCCAACCCCUCCCCUAAGGGUCCCGUUGACAGUCGGUUUCACUUCCCAGACGUAUCCAGUUCCACACAUUCAGAUGGAGGUUGCAACACCGGAGAAACUGAUCAGUUGGAUGGUAAUGUCAACCAGUCGUCAACAGGCCAAAGUGAAGCUGUGGACGAGGAGCAGCAAGGGAAUGACGGUCAGGAUCAGGAAGGUUCGGAUGAUGAAAGUGAAGGUGAUGAAGUGGAUGACCUGCCCAACUGCAGGGGCUACUGGAAGGACCACAUAAGGCGUAAGGCCAGCCAGACCAGCGUUUACCUGCAGGAGUGGGAUGUGCCUUUCGAGCAGCUGGAGCUCGGAGAGCUGAUCGGUAAAGGCCGCUGGGGGAAGGUGUGCAGGGGCCGCUGGCAUGGAGAGGUGGCUGUUCGCUUGUUAGAGAUUGAUGGUAACAACCAGGAGCACCUGAAGCUGUUCAAGAAGGAGGUGAUGAACUACCGGCAGACGCGACACGAGAACGUGGUGCUGUUUAUGGGGGCCUGCAUGAACCCGCCUCAUCUGGCCAUUAUCACCAGCUUUUGUAAAGGACGGACACUCUACUCGGUUGUCAGGGAUUCUAAACUUGACAUCAACAAGAUAAGACAAAUCGCUCAGGAAAUUGUAAAGGGAAUGGGUUACCUCCAUGCAAAAGGAAUUGUGCACAAAGAUUUAAAGUCUAAGAAUGUUUUUUACGAUUCAAACAAAGUGGUCAUCACCGAUUUCGGUCUGUUUGGGAUGUCUGGAGUGGUCCAGGAGGACAGGCGGGAAAAUGAACUGAAGCUUCCACGAGGGUGGAUCUAUUACCUGGCUCCAGAGAUUGUGCGAAAGAUGGUACCAGGAAACCAAGAAGACUGUCUGCCCUUUUCGAAAGCUGCUGAUGUUUACGCAUUUGGCACUAUCUGGUAUGAACUUCAGGCUAAAGAAUGGCCUAUUGUUAACCAACCGACUGAAGUUUUGAUCUAUCAGCUGGGAAGUGGAGAAGGCAUCAGAACGUUACUGACCCAGAAGGGUACAAGCUUGGGCAAGGAGGUUACGGAGAUCUUGUCAGCCUGCUGGUCCUUUAAGGUUGAGGACAGACCCACAUUCACUCAGCUGUCAGACUUACUAGAGAAGCUGCCGAAGCUCAAUCGCAGACUCUCACACCCCGGCCACUUCUGGAAGUCUGAGGAUGCAUGGCAUCACCACUGUCUGCGUGAGCACUGCAGUCCAGGCCUCCGCUCUCGUUGUCCCUAUGUCUACAAAUACGAUGGUUUGUCAACAGCUGCUGUUAACAUGGCUACUGCAUUCAAAGAAAACAACUGAGUCAUUUUUAGAAUAUUUUUAAUAGUAGUCCCAUCUUUGCCGGUUCUAACACUGAGCAAAGUUAUUAGCUGAAAAGUUGUAAAUGUAAAAUAUGCAGAUAGGCUUUCAGCUGUUUUACUGAGCUAGUUGACUUUGCCAUGUUUUGCCAUUUCGAAUGGAAUUUGAUUUCCAUUGCUCUUUUGAGGACAUACCUUAAGCUUUUACAGUCCACAAACUUUCUCCUGUAUUCUUUAAAAAAAGUGACUUCCGUAUUCUAUGUAUUUGCUCAAAAUUACGAUUUAACUGAAUAAUUAUUUACCGGAUGCUAAUCUGACCUACUGAGCCCUCCCUUCCGGGAUGGAUAUAGAUCUUCAAAAAUAUGGAUCCUGAUGAGUUAUUUGUAAUAUCAUAAAUAAUGAAACAAUAUUUUGAUCCAGCUGGAUGAUGUUCAAGAACUUUUAAUAUCGAAUACCUCUCAUUUUAAUUUGUGCGUGUGUGAGAGAGAAAGUGUGUGAGAGUGUGCAUGUAGAGUUUUGAGUGAUUUAUUUGUGGUGUUCUGAACAAUGAGAGGCUGGAGAAGAUGGCAGUGACUGUUCCCAUGACAAUUUAAAGGAAUUCGAAUAGAGAACUGUUGUUUUAUUUAUUGUACAGCUAAGAUUUCUUAUAUUAUUUGUACAAAAUGUUAUAUGUUUCCAUCUAAAAAUUGUUGAAAAGGUACUUUUCUCCUGUUGUACAGCUCUUUAUAAACAAAGUGUGUCGAACACAAUUUGUACAUUUCUAGAAUGAGAUUGCGGUUUUAAUGUUAUGUAAUUAUGAAUUAAUAUUUUUGUAAAGCUUAUAGCCACUUGUCUGUAAACACAAUGUCCUUUUAUCCUUGCAGAAAUAAAACAUUUGAAAUAUU